AACACUGUCGUACAGCGUGUCUGGGGAAAAACCAACUUAUAUUGUUUUGUAUCGAUCUAAACUUAGACUUCCCCCUAAAUCGUCGGACAACAAAGGCAGCUUAUCGGCCAGCGAUUGGAUCACCCGAGCAGUAAAAUAACUGGCAAAAACGAUGAAGAAAGUUUUAUUAACAAAGUCGCAGCACAUCCAGGCAGUCGCUAGCGCAGAUCUAUCCUCCAAGCAAGCAGCGCCUGUCCGGGUAAUUGCGAUGCCCAUGGCUCAGUUGAGCACUGCCUACAUGCAACGCAAGUCCUUCCAGUCCAUUUACGAGGAUAUCUUCAAAUUACUCAUGCGGAUUCCCGAUAAAGCUCUCCAGCAACGUGUGAUCGACGCGAUUAAUGGCCAUGGUAGCGUUGAUAAGACUACUAUCUCCCAUCAAGGUAAACAGUGCUCUUGUGGAGCCCAAAAAGUGGAUGCAUCCACGCAAACAGAGACGGAAACGGAGACCAGGACCUCUCAAAGUGACACAAUCAAGAAUGUGGCCAUGAAAAACGAGGAAAAGCCUGCGAUAAAGCAUGAAUCAGUCGAUUCCAAGGCGUCCGUAACCUCCAGUGAACACAGUCCGACUCCCCCUCCCAUUGCGUCACCCAGUCAGCCCGUCAAAGUGGCCAAGAAACGGGGAAGAAAGCGAAACACCUGCGUGCCACAGGUGGUAAAGAGGUCGGCGGCUGAAAUGGCACUGCAGGAGCGCGAUGAGAAACAGCUCACACCCGUGGUUACCAAGCGAAAAAAACAGGAGUUUAAUAGCUCGGCAAACAUAAACCGUCCCCCAAAAGCAACACAAGAGCGUCGUGACUCGGACUGCUCGGACUUUUCUUUAGAUGACCACGAGCUUAACCGGGUGGAAGACUAUAUAAAUAAUGGUACGAGUAGAGACAAGAUCGUACAGAUAAUGGCCGAUGUAUUUAAAAAGGCGCAAAUUAGGUCGGAGGUGGGAUUACUACCCAUCCACGAUGACAUACUGCGCAAUGACAAUUAUGGAGUGAGGCGUCAGAUUUUUGCGUGUAGCCACGCCAACUUGGACAUCAAUGAACUACUGACCUCCGAUGGCGAAGAUUGUCUUGAGCUUGCGUUGACGAACGAAACUGAUCCAGAGAUCACAUCGCUCCUUUUGGCAGCUGGUUGCCUGACUGACCACGUCUACGAGAACUCCAACACAGCCCUCCACUUGGCGGUGAUUAACAACAUAAACAUUGAGUCUAUUAGAAUACUAAUGCGCAGGGUCGAUCUGAAUCUCCUAUUGGAGACCAACGAUGACGGUUAUACAGCUCUGCACCUGGCGGUACGACAGAAUCAGUUCCUUAUUGCCGAGGCAAUUUUCGAUAUAAUCGACGAGCGGGACUUGGGGAAAGCGAUCUACCACAGAGCAACUGAGAUGCCAGGCUCCGGUGAAAGUGACGAAAAGGCCUUUGCCAAGUACUAUGAUCGUGCCUGCGAUCGACUGGAGGCGAACAGACACAAGUUGAAGAACCGCCGGCUCAAAGCAAACGUGAUCAACUCAACAGAGGCUAGGGCGGGGAAUACGCCUCUUUUCUAUGCCGUCGAGGGCGAGCAAGAACACUUUUGUUAUUUCCUGCUCGCCCACCUGGCCGAUCCGGACGAGGAGAACUUGAGCGGGUAUUCCCCGAAAUCGUUCCACUACGAAUACGCACGCAUUUUGCGCAUCAACUUGAAGGUUUCUCGGGUCAUGGACAAAGUGACUGCCAUUUUAAAUUCUUGACAUUAAAAUUGUUUCAUUUAAUUGUAAAUACAUAUUAUGGAUUUCUCGGCGCAGUUAA